GAGCUAAAAGGAACGCGAUGCGUGCCCCGGAAGCGGAAGUGCAUCCUCUUCAUGAAAGGCUGGACCACGCCGAGUGGUGACGUUUCUUCAUUGGGCGGAAGGUUCGGUGGCAGUCGUCGGUGUUCCAGCUGGUGGGAGUUGGCGUCGCGGUGCUGGGCGCUGGGACCCCAGUUCAUACAGUUCGGGAAGUCGGGACUGGGGGGUCGUACCUGUCUGCUUUCCAGCUUCCCUGGAUUUCUUCCUACGGCGUGGGGCCUCGAGAAGGAAUCCCCGGCCCCUUAGGGCCACAGCGGUAGCGGUGCCUUUUGCGAGUUUCUUCUUUCUUUAAGCAUAUCUUAAAGCAUUCAAGAUGGUUCUAGCAGACCUUGGAAGAAAAAUAACAUCAGCAUUACGCUCAUUGAGCAAUGCCACCAUUAUCAAUGAAGAGGUAUUAAAUGCUAUGCUAAAAGAAGUAUGUACAGCAUUAUUGGAAGCAGAUGUUAAUAUUAAACUAGUGAAGCAACUAAGAGAAAAUGUUAAGUCUGCUAUUGAUCUUGAAGAGAUGGCAUCUGGUCUUAACAAAAGAAAAAUGAUUCAGCAUGCUGUAUUUAAAGAACUUGUGAAGCUUGUAGAUCCUGGAGUUAAAGCAUGGACACCCACUAAAGGAAAACAGAAUGUGAUCAUGUUUGUUGGAUUGCAAGGGAGUGGUAAAACAACAACAUGUUCAAAGUUAGCAUAUUAUUACCAGAGGAAAGGUUGGAAGACCUGUUUGAUAUGUGCAGACACAUUCAGAGCAGGGGCUUUUGACCAACUAAAACAGAAUGCUACCAAAGCAAGAAUUCCAUUCUAUGGAAGCUAUACGGAAAUGGAUCCCGUUAUCAUUGCUUCUGAAGGAGUGGAGAAAUUCAAAAAUGAAAAUUUUGAAAUUAUUAUUGUUGAUACAAGUGGCCGUCACAAACAAGAAGACUCUUUGUUUGAAGAAAUGCUUCAAGUUGCUAAUGCUAUUCAACCUGAUAACAUUGUUUAUGUGAUGGAUGCCUCCAUUGGGCAGGCUUGUGAAGCCCAGGCUAAGGCUUUUAAAGAUAAAGUAGAUGUAGCCUCGGUAAUAGUGACAAAACUUGAUGGUCAUGCAAAAGGAGGUGGUGCACUCAGUGCGGUUGCUGCCACAAAAAGUCCAAUUAUUUUCAUUGGUACAGGGGAACAUAUAGAUGACUUUGAGCCUUUCAAAACACAGCCUUUUAUCAGCAAACUUCUUGGUAUGGGUGAUAUUGAAGGACUGAUAGAUAAAGUCAACGAGUUGAAGUUGGAUGACAAUGAAGCACUUAUAGAGAAGUUGAAACAUGGUCAGUUUACGUUGCGAGACAUGUAUGAACAAUUUCAAAAUAUCAUGAAAAUGGGCCCCUUCAGCCAGAUCUUGGGGAUGAUUCCUGGUUUUGGAACAGAUUUUAUGAGCAAAGGAAAUGAACAGGAGUCAAUGGCCAGGCUAAAGAAAUUAAUGACAAUAAUGGACAGUAUGAAUGAUCAGGAACUGGACAGUACAGAUGGUGCUAAGGUUUUUAGUAAACAACCAGGAAGAAUCCAAAGAGUAGCAAGAGGCUCAGGCGUGUCAACGAGAGAUGUUCAAGAACUUUUGACACAGUAUACCAAGUUUGCACAGAUGGUAAAAAAGAUGGGAGGUAUCAAAGGACUUUUCAAAGGUGGUGACAUGUCUAAGAAUGUGAGCCAGUCGCAGAUGGCAAAAUUGAAUCAACAAAUGGCCAAAAUGAUGGAUCCAAGAGUUCUUCAUCACAUGGGUGGCAUGGCAGGACUUCAGUCAAUGAUGAGGCAGUUUCAACAGGGUGCUGCUGGCAAUAUGAAAGGCAUGAUGGGAUUCAAUAAUAUGUAAAGAAGAUGCCUUAAUAUAAACUGACUCAGUUGAUUACGUUAUUUGCUGAGACCUCAGAGUUUCCCUCCUUUUUGUGAAUGGGGAAAAAAAAGUAUUUUUCUUGCCUGUCUUGCUCUUUCUUUUUCUUCUUGUCUUUUUUCCUUUUUCCUCCUCUUUUUCUUUUUCCUUCUUUUUUUCUUCCCUCUCUCCCUUUGAUAUAGGAGAGGAAUAUAUGGUUUUUGUGGAAAUCAUUAUAUUUUUGCUUUAGAUUUUCUUCUGUUAGUUUUCACCAUCAUAAUAACACUUCUUAAAUUAAACAAAUCAUGAUGUAAAAUUUUAGUAUCUAAAGGUUUUUAAUUGUCUUAAAGGCCAAGCGUUACAUUUGUAAACAGUCCUGGUCAGUAGUUACAUGAUGUCUCAAUAAAUAUUCUGUAAAAUAAACUUUAAAGUGGUUAUAAGUUAA